AUGGCGCAUACGGCAAAUGUGGCGCUCGUGCCCGGGAACACUAAAAAAAAGAAUCCACCUCCGCCACUACCACCGCGGCUAUUUGUCCCACUCUGGCGCUUUCUCACCGUCGAGUUGUUGAUUUACGCGGUGUGCCACAUCGUGUGUCUCGGGCUCGCGCUCUUUGCCGCCACUGACGUGUCCCUUUCUGACCUGGUCCGGGGGAUGCUGCGACAGCUCCGGGGGCCGCCGCAAGAGCAGCCCCCGUCGGAUCGAAGCCCCUUUGAAGUGCUGCGGGGGUACAGGCAGGCAGCGGCUUCGGGGCCGGUGUUGCCGUCGCAUGAAGUCAACUCUGACCUUCUUCUUACACUGCUGGUGCCUUUUUCACUUCAUGCCUUUUUCCUUGCUCUCAUGCGCCGCAUUGAGGACGUUGGGGCGGAUGAAAGGCGGAAGCAGGAGGAGGAGGCAGGCACGGAGCCCUCGCAGGCAACAGGUCCUACCAACGGCGAUAAAGGUGCGGGUACGGUGCGACCGUGGUGGAUGGUGGACUGUGAUCUCCUCAUGAAGCACACCCUUAUUGGGUUUACCUGCGUUCUCUGCCCCCUCAUUCCAAUCUGUGUCUUCCCACAGGAGGCAAGCGAGGUGCGUGGCCUGGGACCGGCUGCAGGCUUGCUGUCGAUUGCGGUGGGUAUGUGCGUGCUGGAGGUGCACGGUGGAAUGCGCGGGGUGCGAACGACGUUUAACUGCUUUCAGGCACUUAUAAUUGCUGGAGUCGUUGUGCUUGUUGCGGUGGCGCACUUGUGCCCUAAGGAGUAG